CUAUGGCGAUGGUCCUUUCCAUUCUAGUGGAGGUGGGGAGUGCACGCUCGGAUACACACACACACACACACACACACACACACACACACACACACACACACACACACACACACACACACACACACACACACACACAGAGACACAGACACACAGAGAGAGAGAGAGAGAGAGAGAGAGAGAGAGAGAGAGAGAGAGAGAGAGAGAGAGAGAGAGAUGGCUCUGGCGGGAGCAAGGUUAGCAGCGUGUAUCGCAAUUGCGAUGGUCCUUCCCAUUCUAGUCGAGGCGUCUCUAUGGCACUGCCUUAGUCGAUCAUCAUCACCACCAUAUUCAAACCAAACUCUGAUGGUAAAUGCUAGAAAGCACAGAUCAUCAGGACGAUGGCAACUUGUGCCUGCAGAGCACGACCAUACCAACAGCCCCCUGUUGGAAGCGUCGGCCGGACGGUUGUCGGAUGGGUCCAGUGUCACCGCCUGCAAAGCGGGCAACUGUCAAGGAAGAGGCGAGUUCGCAUGGCAUCGUGCGGCACAGACUUUGUCCCCUGCGUCGGUCUCUGCCGAGGAGCAGCAAAGCCAAUCAGACGACGAAGAAAAUGAUCAUUCCGAAACUGCUGGCGUGAAGAUGCACAGCAUGGCCAGGACUACCAGUGCGGAGGAGGACACAUUUCCAAGCCUUAGGUCGUUGUUACGCGAAGGAGGGGAUAACGUUGAAGGUCAGGAGGUGAGAGUGAGUAAUGGCUCGCAGCUUUUCGAGGUGCUGAAUUCGACUAACGUGUCUUCAGCACCUUCUUUCACCAUUCAUAUCAUGCAGGACUUGGCGUUUGACGGACUUCCUGGCUUUCUCAACUUCCCGCCGAAUGCAAACGUAACACUCAGGGGUCACUGCGGCGACCGCCGAUGCUUGAUCGACGGAGUGGGAGACCGCCCAGGCGACGAGCGCAGCUUUGUUGGCCCACAUCCGCCCUCUCCCUGGGGAUCCGUCUCCUUGUAUGACCUUGAGUUCCGAAGCCUGAGCUUCUUCUUUGUGGAUUUGAGGCUAGUCGCACGGAAUUGUGUCUUUCGCAAAUGCGGAUGCUUAAGGAUGGAGUACAACGUCGUGCAAGAGAAGGACACCUCAGCCCCACCACGCCUGUCGAUCGACGGCUGCUUUUUCGUAGAGAACGACGAUGGCGUGAUUCUCUUCGGCAUCCCUCGUCGAGCUUGCAUCUCCCGCUCGGAGUUCGUUGCUAGCGUUCAAGACCGGUUCGCCCUUCAGGUCACCUUCCGACCGACUGCCUACCCUAGAUGGUUGAGCAUACGCGACUGCACGUUCGGGCAGGCAGAAAGGGGUUCAGCACUCUUGAGUUUCAUCACACCCGCGUCCGCACAAGGGGGAGGAGGAGGAGAAGGAGGAGGAGAAGGAGGGGGAGGGGGAGAGGGACGCGGGGAGGGAGGCGCUCCCUCGCCCCCGCCUGAGAUCGACGUUGUGGAUGGCCGACCGGCGAAGUCCACAGUGUCCUUCGUCAAUUGCACUUUCAACAAAGGGAAUGUAAUCGGCCCUGUUGUCGCUAUCUUCGUGCAACCCGAAGCAACGUCUACGGAGGAGCCGCCUUCGGUUGCGGCUUUAGGAGUGAACACGAGCGGCGAGCCCAUCCACCAUGUGCAAUUCUGCGGCGGAAGCUUCACCGGGCAACGCCACGCGGCGAGCACGAGUGGUGACCAACCCCCCGAUUACGACGUGAAUGCCACCUGGAUCACAGGGGCCAGCAGGCUGGCGCUGCAGCAGUGCUCGAUCACCGAUAGCGAACACGGCUUUCCCAAUCCCAAAGCGAAGAUAGCCGUUAAUGGUCCUCAGUAUUUCAUCAUUGAUGUCGAUAACAACUCCACCGAGUUAAAUGGCAGCAGCUGUGGCAGCUGCAGCGACGUAUCAACCGGUUGCAAUGCCACGGGACCGAUCUUCCCGCUGGAUCGGGUCCCCCUCCAACCGAGCCCAGGUGAAACGGGUACUAGGCUUCUCCUGCCCCUGGCCAUCGGGAUACCUCUCGGGGUACUUGUUGUUGCGAUGAUCGGGGCAUUCGGUGCCUGGGGUUGGCCAAGGCGAUCAUGGAGCUGUUCAUUCAAGAGAAAGAAAGAAACUGUAAGGCUGCCCGGGGACGUGCAGGACUUGAGGUGUUUCACCUUGAGCGAGCUCGAGCAUGCAACGAAUAACUUCACGUCCGUCAUAGGCGAAGGCGGAAGUGGGGUCGUGUACAAAGGCAUGCUGGAAACCGGAGAGGUCGCCGCCGUCAAGUCCUUGAACCAGGGUCGCUGGCGAAGUGAGCGGGAGUUCCUCCACGAGGUCGCGAUCCUGGGGAGGGUAGCGCACAAAAACCUUGUCACGCUGCUGGGUUUCUGCAAAGAGCCGGGGCGCUACCUUCUGGUGUACGAGUUUGUCCCCAAUCGCACGCUCGGGGACCACCUCCAUGGAUGCAGGGCGGACUGCCACGCGGCGGUCCUGGAUUGGGCAACGAGAGUGAGAAUAGCGCAGGAAGUGGGCAUGGCCAUCGAGUUCCUGCACCACCUGCUGAAUCCCCCGGUGGUCCACCGAGACAUCAAGCCGGAGAACGUGCUUCUGCUGGCAGAUUUCACACCGAAGGUGGCGGACUUCGGACUCUGUCGGAAGAUCCACCCUCAAGGCGACAGCUUCCGGACUCUCCCGGCGGGGACGGUCGGGUACACCGCCCCGGAAGUGUUCCGGGGCAAAGGUGUGACGGAGAAGGUGGACGUGUACAGCUAUGGCGUCCUCUUGCUGGAGAUGAUCACCGGCAGGCGGCCACUGGAGGACGACAAGUCGCUCGUUUACCAGGUCACGAGCGCCGUGAAGGACAAAGAGUCUGCGAGGGGCCUGGCUGACAGCAAGUUGCAAGGACAGUUCGACGUCGAUCAACUAUAUUUGUUGACGACAUUGGCGACAAGCUGCGUUAGCCAGAGAGCUGACAGGAGGCCGAGCAUGUUGCAGGCCGUCCGGGUGCUGAAAAGGAUCAACCAGUCGGACGCCGAUCUGGCACCCGGAUCUGCGGACGAGGUUUGGCGAGCCAAUCAAGAUAGCAGCUCGUGGGAAGCUGCGAUGUACGUCCCAAGCAGACCGCUAGAUCCUCGGAUCGUCGACGUCGACGACACUGACGAGGAUCGCCCUAUUGCUUCUAAUAGUCGCUCGUUCGAACCCAACGACGGCGGUUUCAACCGGCCACAUCUUCGUGGUGGGGGCUUCUUCACCUACGUUGUGCGCGCUGCCCUGUGGAAGCGUGGAGCAACGGGCGCGUCUUCGGCUGUGCCGGCUGUGCCGUGCGUCAUCUCCUGUGCCGCAUCUUCGACACCGGCGUGCGUUGUCAAAGUGGAGGUUUUCAGCACCGGGCGUUUGUUUGGCAGUUGUGGCAGGCGUCUAGCUAUGGAGAGCACGGGGUUCUUGGAUAUGGACGUUCGCGGGCGCGGGCAGGGUCUUCGGGAUGACGAAAUCGAGGCUGUGGCGAUGGUCGUGACUGCCGUCAUCGUGAACACGAUGCUCGGUGACCCGUCCUCGUCACGCGACGCGCUGGCGGAGCUCCGCAAACGACGAGCGCUGUUGCAGCGCAUUGGCGAAGCGCCAGAUUGCAUGGCCACAUGUCAGGCAGUCAUCCAGUUGUGCGCCGCACUGUCUUCUGGCGUUUUCCCGCGGGAGACCCCGCGCUGGCAGAUCGUGGCCACGUGCGCCGCGUACGUGGAGAAGAAGGUGACGCACUAUAGGAUGCCAUUGCCGGUGGAGCACGUCAUCGCGUUCGUGCUGUACAGGUGGGCGUCAGGAGAGACGUACGAGAGCGGCACUUCUGCCUUUGGCAUCGGGAGAGCAAAUGGACUGCAGGCCGUCCGCGACGUCACUUCGGCACUGCUGCAGGCGUACCCAGACGCGAUAAAGUGGCCAGUGGGCCGUAGACGCGCGAAGAUUCUGCGCGCUUUCCGUGACAAGGGUUUCCCCAACUGCUUCGGCGCAAUCGACUGCACACACAUCUUCAUUGACAAGCCCGCCGGCGCACCAUCUGCCAACUACUACGACCGCAAACAGAAGUUUUCCGUGCAGACGCAGGUGGUAGUGGAUUUGGAUCUGCGGAUCAUGGAUGUCCACAUCGGAUACCCGGGAAGCGUGCACGACGUCCGUGUCCUGCACAAUUCCCAGUUAUGGAGGCGUGCACAAGCUGGCGAGCUGUUCGACGCACCUCCGGUGAGUCUGCCGCACGGAGUCGUCACACGAGGUUACCUGCUAGGCGACAACGAUUAUCCUGUUGUCUGCCCCCGGAUCGUGCAGCCGUACGAAGGAAUCGACCAAGGUCCUAAGGAGGAGCGGUUUGACACGCGGCAGAAGGUGGCGCGGGGGUGUGUGGAGAGAGCUUUCGGGCGGCUGAAGUGCAUGUGGCGUUUUUUCUUGCGCACCCAUAAGACGAACCUGGAUACCUUGCCGCAGCAAUUUGUGGCAGUGUGCACUCUGCACAAUAUCCUCCUAGACGCCGGGAUCGACUUCGAUGAAAACUGUUGUAGGAGGUGGAUGAGAAUGGUGUGCGCCGGAGAGUGGCCUUGGGCAUUGUGGGGAACGGCGCGGGCGGGCGGCAACGUUGCACGAACGUCGACGGGGACUUGUUGCGUGACGCUCUUCGAGACCGGCUGGCUUUGAUGUGGGAGCACUUAGACGCG